AUGACGCUGACACCUACUGGCCAGUUCACUAAAGAACUCAUUGUGUGGGUGCUCUUCUGGUGUGGCACCGGCCAGAGUGAUGAUUCUGAUAUUUGGGAUGAUACAGCAUUGAUAAAAGUUUAUGAUAAAGCUGUGGCUUCCUUUAAGCAUGCACCGAAGAAAGGCGACAUUUGUGAAACUUCAGAAAAACCAAAAGUCACAGCUAGAAGAAAACCCACUAAGAAGAAUAAAAACCAAAAGAAGAAUGCCACAGCUCCCUUGAAACAGUGGAAAGUUGGUGACAAAAGUUCUGCCAUUUGGUCAGAAGACGGCUGCAUUUACCCAGCUACCAUUUCUUCCCUUGAUUUUAAGAGAGAAACCUGUGUUGUGGUUUAUACUGGAUAUGGAAACAGAGAGGAACAAAGCCUGUCUGAUCUCCUUUCCCCAGCCUGUGAAGUAGCUAAUAAUACAGGACAGAGCACUCAGGAGAAUGAAAGCCCAGCUUCAACAGAUGACAGUGAAAACUCCUCCAGAUCUCUCAGAAGUAAACCACAGAGCAAGUCCAAAGCUGCGCCAUGGACUUCGUUUCUCCUGCCAUCACCCCCAAUGCCAGGGUCAGGCUUGGGACCAGGAAAGCCAGGUUUAAGAUUCAAUGGCCCACCACCGCCGCCCCCAUCCCCUCCUCCCUUCUUGCCGUGUUGGAUGCCUCCAUUCCCUUCAGGAACACCAAUAAUUCCUCCACCCCCUCCCAUAUCUCCAGACUAUAUGGAUGACAUUGAUGCCCUGGGAAGUAUGCUGAUCUCUUGGUACAUGAGUGGCUACCAUACUGGCUGUUACAUGGGUUUCAGACAAAAUAAAAAAGAAGGGAAGUGUUCACAUGCAAAUCAAGCAGUUCAGCUCUCUCCCACAGAGACGGAGCACACUUUGAGGAACCCAGCGGUGGAAAUGGAGCGCGUGCAAGUCAGUCUGCCAAAGCUGUGA